UUAGAUAUGGAUCCGUAUACAUAUAUGUAGACAUUAAAAUCAUAAUAUUGGGAUCCGUUUUAAACCGAUCCUAGAUUUUACUAUUCAUAUUUCUUGGAUAUCCGAAUUUUUUCAGAAAACCUUCUACAAGACAGACACUCCAAUAUUAAAUAGCUAGAGAAAGAAUCGGCACACACUCGCUAGUCGCUAUACAUACAAAGCAUAAAGUUCUGUCACGUGUAAACUGUUACAGCAAACCAAAUUAUUUGACUAAAGAAAAGAAACACCUCCCGAGGCUGCAUUAUUUAGUAAGUCUUCUUUGUUUAUUUCUUUCUUCCAUGAAAUAUGAUUAAAGAAGACAGACCCAAUUAUUUAAGGGAGGGCAGUCUCUCCUAUAAGACCUAACAAGUUCAUUACAAAAACAAGAGAGAAUAAAACACGAUUACUGCUGAGAUCUGCCAUUUCUAAACCUCAACCCAUGAUGAAUCCUUCUAACAAUCCUAAAAAGACAAGGCACCAGAUCAGUCAUAUGCCUCAAGAAAGAGAUGAAACGAAGAAGGAGAAGAAGCUUCUCCACCGCAACAUCGAACGACAAAGAAGACAAGAAAUGGCCAUCCUUUUCGCCUCUCUUCGUAGUCAGCUACCUCUAAAAUACAUCAAGGGAAAGAGAGCCAUGUCAGAUCAUGUAAACGGAGCAGUAAAUUUCAUCAAAGACACUCAAACACGGAUAAAAGAUCUCUCCUCUAGAAGAGACGAGCUAAUGAGAGAGAUUGGUGACCCCACUAGUCGAACUGGAUCCGGAUCUGGAUCUGGCUCAAGUAGAUCGGAACCAGCUAGUGUCAUGGUGCAACAGUGCGUGAGCGGCUUCAAGGUGGUUGUGAGCAGCUCAGCGUCGUCAGGUCUUGAGGCUUGGCCACUCUCAAGAGUUCUUGAAGUUCUUCACGAACAAGGACUUGAAGUCAUCAGCUCUUUAACCGCACGAGUCAACGAGAGGCUCAUGUACACUAUACAAGUCGAGGUAAAUAGCUUUGAUUGCUUCGACUUAGCUUGGUUGCAGCAGAAGCUAAUUGAGGAAUUAGUACUUUCCACGACCAGGCACUGAAAAAAUCUAACAUUGUUCAUAAGAAUAUGUUCAUUGAAUGAUGUUUUUGUCCAAAUCUCUUUAUUUUAGUGUCCGUAAGGGUGUAUUCUUCUUGGUCCUUCACUACUUGGAGUGAAUUUUUGUGUAAAGAUGAUCUGGUUGGUUAGAUUGAAUUAGCAAAUUCUAAACUCUC